GCCCUGAAGCAAAUAUCACAGUAGUGUGUGAAAUGCGGCGAUGAAUGUCCUUCUACAGCUCUUUGGAUGCGCAAUGUGCAUUAGUAGCUUUUGGAUGUAGUUAUUCUAUGAAUUAUUGUGUUAGGUAUCUUUUUUUUUUUUAUCCAUAAAAGGGUUAGCAAUCUCUUGAAUACACGGUUAGACAGCUUUUACUAGUCCAUCGGAGACCGUUGACUGAGUGAUCUGACAGCCAGGCCGGAUUGUAGACAGCAGUAGCUGUCAGUGCGCGAAUCAAAGUUCCUAGCUGGCUAACUAGCAUGUUCGGCUAGUGGGGUUGGUCAGCAAUCAGGACAGGUUUGCACGGAUCGAGAAACAUGGUGCCUUUGGAAAAGUGAAGAAGAGCGACGGGGCACCAAAACCAGUGUGGACAGGACUCCGGUACACUGGUUGCGGCUACAGUCUGAAGCUGGACCAGAGGGACCCACCCAGACUCAGAAGUGACUGCCCAAUUACGACCAGGCACUGUGCUGGCUGGCUGGCUGGUCUCAGAGCAGAACAGAGAAGGAAGCUCCUUAGGAGGUUGAUGUAAAGAGGUUGUUGGAGGCUCUGUGGGCAUUCUACUUAAAUGUCAAUCAGAAGAGCAGAAGGGAUGUCCAUCGCCCAGGCCUUGGCCAUGACUGUGGCUGAGAUCCCCGUGUUUCUCUACUCCACCUUUGGGCAGUCCAUAUUCUCUCAGCUGAAGCUUUCUCCCAGUCUGAAGAAGGUGCUGUUCGCCACAGCUCUGGGGAGUGUAGCCCUGGCCCUCACCGCCCACCACAUGAAGAGACGCGGCAGGAAAAGGAAACAGGCAACAGCUGCGAAAGAUGAGCAGAAGCAGGUGGGAAUACCAGAGGCGUUGAUCCGGUCAGGGAGACCGUCAUCUCUGAGGAGAGGUGGGCCGUUUCCCGGGCGACAGAUGAUGAGCCCCAGCACACGGAGCAACGAAACCAUGAGCGGCAUCUCUUCACUGGCUCCCAGCAAACACUCAAGCUCCUCCCACAGCAUAGCCUCUAUGCGAGUCCCGACUUCUCCGAACCAGUCGGCCAAUCCGUCGACUCCCUGGGAGGCAGAGCCUGUGGAGGAGGAGUCGGGAGCCAUGGGUGACGCAAAUGCAGAGAACCUGUACAUCAUUGGCAUGGAGCUGUUUGAGGAGGCCCUUCAGAAGUGGGAGCAGGCCCUGAACAUCCGGCACCGCACCCACUCCAAUGCCUCCAAAGCCAGUACCAGCCUAGCCCUGGAGGGGGCAGCGGCCUGCCCCAACCUGCCCACGGUAUGCCACAGAACUAUCGCACACUCAACGUCUGAGUCGCAUAACAAGGUCUUUGCCGAGAAGCUAGAGACCCUCCUGCACAGGGCCUACCACCUACAGGAGGACUUUGGCGCCACCAUUCCCCCAGAUAGCCUGCUGGCAGACUUUGAGAGUGAGGGAACACUCAUCCUGCCAAACUUGGAGAGUAGAAUGCGUGAAGACGACGCCACUACUAUCACUUCUGACGAUUCCUUCUUCUCAGCGGCAGAACUGUUUGACAACCUGUCUCUGGAGGUGUGUCAGCCUCUGAGGCCCGCUGCUCUUUACGACGAGGCUUUGUCACUGGUCCAGGAUGGCAGCGUGCCCUGUCGAGAGCUCCGAACUGAGCUGCUAGAAUGCUACGGCGACCAAGACUUCCUAGCCAAGCUCCACUGUGUGAGACAAGCCUUCCAGGUUUUGUUGCUGGACGAAACUCACCGGACGUUCUUCAUGGAGACCGGCAAGCAGAUGAUCACAGGACUCAUGACCAAGGCAAACAAGAGUCCCAAAGCCUUCCUGGAAACCUAUGAGGACAUGCUUCUCUACACCCAGAGAGAGGAGACCUGGCCAGUCAGCAGAAUGGAACUAGAGGGGCGAGGGGUGGUGGUUAUGAAUUUCUUUGACAUCGUGCUGGACUUCAUCCUGAUGGAUGCCUUUGAUGACCUGGAGAGCCCGCCCUCGUCCGUUGUGGCAGUGCUCAGGAACCGUUGGCUCUCUGACAGCUUCAAGGAGACAGCUCUGGCUACUGCGUGCUGGUCCGUUCUGAAGGCCAAGCGGCGUCUGUUGAUGGUUCCAGAUGGCUUCAUCUCCCACUUCUACGCCAUAUCAGAACAGGUCAGCCCCGUACUGGCCUUUGGCUUCCUGGGGCCGCGACAGCACCUCAGUGAGGUGUGCACCAUCUUCAAACAACAAAUAGUGCAGUACCUGAAAGAUAUGUUUGACCACGACAAGGUGCGCUUCACCUCGGCCCAGUCGUUAGCCGAGGACAUCCUGAGCCUGUCCCAUCGCCGCAGUGACAUCCUGCUGGGCUACCUGGGCAUUGACAGCCUGCUGGAGCCCAAUGGAACUCUACCCCAAGGAGACACAGAACCGGGCCCCAGCCCCUCCAACCACCACUGAGACAUGGGUAGAGUUCAUUAGGGAUGUUAUGAAACGGGGAGGUACUACAUGAAUUUGUCCAAUAAGAACAUUGAUUUUCAUUUUCAGUUAGAAAGUGGUUUGCUACUGUGUGGCAUAAUGAAUAUGACCCUGUAUCUGACUUAGCUGGGCUGGAAUGGACUGGGUUGGUCAAAGCCGGACUUAACAGGGAAGAUUUAGGAGGGUUGUUCUUCACAUGCUUGAACUGCAGCAUCACCCAGUCAGUCUGUGGUACUGCACCCUAAACAUAACAGCCACCAAUCGAACAGAACCCUACUUGUGUUGGACCUUACGUGAAAGAGGGAUGUUUUUGUUCUAGCUCUCCCCUUACAUUUUAUCAUCUGAGUUGAAUCUGGAGUUGUAUAUCAGUCAAUACUAGUAAUCCCUUUUUCCCAAUGUGUGAAGAACCAACAACCAACCGGCAAGAAAAUGUUUGUUGUGUCUAUGUAAUGGAUGAACUGUAAGUGUGUGUUCUGAGGGAGGGGAUCCGAACCAAUCCCCUCUUUAUUAUCCCGACACCCUUGGCCAAUUUGAAGGCGUGCCCUGAGACGUGAUGUCAUAGUCUGCUGCAGGACUUGUUGCUUCCGUCUUCUCUCUCCAUUGAUUGAUCAUCCAUUUCAUUUAUCGUAUUUAUUCCAAUCGUGUUAGGCGCCGUAUUGAUGAAAAAAAGCGCCUAUUCAUUCAAGAGAAUGUGUAAUACAAAUGUCUAAUACUGUACGUAAGGUCAGGCAGGGCAUUGGACAGUCAUCAACUUGUAUGUACAGAAAAAGUGCACCGAUAUUCCUAUCUUGUCCUCAUACUUGAAAUGGACAGUAUCGAGGUACUGUGGGGGUAAAAAAAAUGCCAAGCAGGGGGAUACCACCCCAGAAAUUCUAAUAAUAUACUGUAGCAUAUACCUGUGACAAACUGACGUGUGACAAUGCAGGCUGAAUUUAAGUUACGCUUGGAGAACAGGAAAUACACUACCGUUCAAAAGUUUGGGGUCACUUAAUGUCCUUUAUUUGUUUCCAUUAAAAUAACAUCAAAUUGAUCCGAAAUACAGUGUAGACAUUAAUGUUGUAAAUAACUAUUGUAGCUGGAAACGGCUGUUUUUUAUUGGAAUAUGUACAUAGUUGUACAGAGGCCCAUUAUCAGCAACCAUCACUCCUGUGUUCCAAUGGCAUGUUGUUAGCUAAUCCAAGUUUAUUAUUUUAAAAGGCUAAUUGAUCAUUAGAAAAACCCUUUUGCAAUUAUGUUAGCACAGCUGAAAACUGUUAUGAUUUAAAGAAGGAAUAAAACUGGCCUUCUUUAGACUAGUUGAAUAUCUGGAGCAUCAGCAUUUGUGGGUUAGAUUACAGGCUCAACAGUGAAGAGGCGACUCCGUGAUGCUUGCCUUCUCGGUAGAGUUCCUCUGUUCAGUGUCUGUGUUCUUUUGCCCAUCUUAAUCUGGCCAAUAAAAGUCUGAGAUAUGGCUUUUUCUUUGCCACUCUGCCUAGAAGGCUUGCAUCCCGGAGUCGCCUCUACACUGUUGACGUUGAGACUGGUGUUUUGCGGGUACUAUUUAAUGAAGCUGCCAGUUGAGGACUUGUGCAGCGUCUGUUUCUCAAACUAGACACAAAUGUACUUGUCCUCUUGCUCAGUUGUGCACCGGGGCCUCCCACUCUUUCUAUUCUGGUUAGAGACAGUUUGUGCUGUUCUGUGGGAGUAGUACAGGGCACUGUCUGAGAUCUUCAGUUUCUUGGCAAUUUCUCGAUUGGAAUAGCCUUCAUUUCUCAGAACAAGAAUAGGCUGACGAGUUUCAGAAUAAAGUUCUUUUUUUCUGGCCAUCUUUGUUUCUGGACAAAAUCAGUAAUCGAAUCCACAAAUUCUGAUGCUCCAGAUACUCAACUAGUCUAAAGAAGGUCAGUUUUAUUGCUUCUUUAAUCAGGACAAGUUUUCAGCUGUGCUAACAUAAUUGCUAAAGUUAUUAUUAUUUAUUUUUUUACCCCUUUUGCUCCCCAAUUUCGUGGUAUCCAAUUAUUAGUCGUUACUGUCUUGUCUCAUCGCUACAACUCCCGUACGGGCUCGGGAGAGACGAAGGUCGAGAGCCAUGCGUCCUCCCGAAACACAACCCAACCAAGCUGCACUGCUUCUUAAACACAGCGCGCAUCCAACCCGGAAGCCAGCCGCACCAAUGUGUCAGAGGAAACACCGUACAACUAGCGACCUGGUCAGCGUGCACUGCGCCCGGCCCGCCACAGGAGUCGCUAGUGCGCGAUGAGACAAGGAUAUCCCUACCGGCCAAACCCUCCCUAACCCAGACGACGCUAGGCCAAUUGUGCGUCGCCCCAUGGACCUCCCGGUCGCGGCCGGCUGCGACAGAGCCUGGGCUCGAACCCAGAGUCUCUGGUGGCACAGCGAUGCAGUGCCUUAGACCACUGCGCCACCCGGGAGGCCGCUAACAGGUUUUCUAAUGACCAAUUAGCCUUUUAAAAUUAUAAACUUGGAUUGCCAUUAAAACAUAGCAGUUGCUGAUAAUGGGCCUCUGUACGCCUAUGUAGAUAUUCCAUAAAAAAUAGGCUGUUUCCAGCUACAAUAGUUAUUUACAACAUUAACAAUGUCUACACUGUAUUUCUGAUCAAAAUAAUGUUAUUUUAAUGGACAUAUAAAUGAGGACAUUUCUAAGUGACCCCAAACUUUUGAAUGGUGGUGUAGGAUAUCAUGAACUGCUUUGUCAGUUCUGAUGAUUGUUGUCGAGUUGGGUGUGUCUGCAUGAGUGUGAGUUUCCAAUCGAGUGAAAUUCUUAUUGUCUGUAAUCACGCUUUGUCUGUAAGAAACAGUGAUACCGGUAUGUACCGCACCUAACGGAGCAGGAUGAGAUGUGGUCUAUUCAGUACAUUUCUGCUGUUUUUGAGAAAAGCAUUGUUUCUGAAUAGCGCUUCCCACUACUAAUAUUCCCACAUGCCCUCUGCUCUCAACAAAAGACAGGAGCGAUACUACUUUACAUGUUUGAAUUCACAGCUACCUUGUACUGUGCGCUGUCACACAUUUUGUUAAAAUGGGUUUUGUCAAUGUACAUUCAAAUUUUGUGGUAUAGUAUGCGGUUAUUGUGAUCUUGAUAUAAGAGUUCAGUAUAUUGCAGCUGUGUAUUCAGAAUCGGCUUUGGGGCUGUCUUGUUAGCCUGGAAUCCAAACUGUGAAAUCUACAAAUAUAUACAAAAGUAUGUGGACACACCUUCAAAUUAGUGGAUUUGGCUAUUUUAACCACACUCGUUGCUAACCGGUGUAUAAAAUCGAGCACACAGCCAUGCAAUCUCCAUAGACAAAAAUUGGCAGUAGAAUGGCCCAUACGGAAGAGCUCCGUGACUUUCAAUGUGGCACUCUCCUAGGAUGCCACCUUUUCAACAAGUCAGUUCGUCAGAUUUCUGCCCUGCUCGUGCUGCCCUGGUCAAUUGCAAGUGCUGUUAUUGUGGAGUGGAAAUGUCUAGGAGCAACAACUGCUCAGCCGAGAAGUAGUAGGCCACACAAGCUCACAGAACGGGUCCGGCGAGUGCUAAAGUGCGUAAAAGUAGUCUGUCCUCGGUUGGAAUGAGAUGUUCGAGCAUGUAGUGUAUAUUGGUGAAGUGAAACGAUGAUGAAAAGGAACAUAUCACUUUGGAUUCCAGGCUUCUAAUUGGCUCAUUCAUCCCUCCUCUUCUUCCCCGGAUCUUUGCUGUAAAUGAGAAUGUGGUCUCAGUCAACUUACCUGGUAAAAGAACAGUUAAAUAAAAGUCCUUUCUGUUAUAUCAAACUUGAAGCCUAACUUAAAAUUACCUAUUACUGUUUUUGGAGCUUUUCUAGUAACCAGUAGAGUUGAAACUGUCUUUUUUUUGGCACAUGAAAGAUCCUUCCUUUGCACUUUAUUGGAAAAAAUAAAUUUAAACGCUCUUAACCCUUUAUUUUUUUUAAUCAAUAGUUGGAUAACGCGGUUGAGGCAUAGGUCAUUGGUAGGCCUAGUUUUAAAAUGAUAUUGCGCAAUGAAAAGUACUGAUGUUAUUGUAUAUAUUUAACAUGUGUAAAUGAUAGCAAGGUUGAGGCUUUUUCCCUAGAAAUGGCAUUAUUGGAUACCCAUUGUAAGAUUGGCAGACAUUGUGCCAGACAAUGUAUUAGAUUGAAUUCUUGGUUUUUGUACAUGUGAUUUGUUGGUCUAAUUUGGGCAAGUUCUCUCUGACCUAGAUUUGAAUCAGAUAUUUCUAUUGCGUUACUCGAAUCAAUUGAGUGACAAAUGAAAACUGUCCUGCCUAUUUUGGGUUCUCCUAUGCUCCAAUUACUAUGAAAUGUAUAUGAAUCGAUCAAUACUUAUCACAUCCCAAUGGGAGAUUAAUGCAAUAGUUAUGCGUUACUGCUCAGAUACCCAAAUGGUGGCCUUUGGGUUGUGAGAUUAGUUUACUUCUCGGUUGAACCAACAAUAGAUCUAUAUGUAGUAUCAGAAUCGCACUAUCCUCAGCAGCCUUUGCAUGUGGACUCUCGUCAUACCUGUACUGCUGUUUGCGUCUUGUUAAUGUGUCCCAUCAGUCAGCAUAGUGUUGGAUUGCAUUAGAUGCCCUGUGACUUCCUUUUAAUAAUCUUAAUUACCAGUAAUUGUGGUAUCAAAACUAGGAAAAUGUCAACGCAGAUUUAGUGAACGAUUAACUGCUUAACACUUUACUCUACUGUAUGGAUUAUACUUCAACUUCAAAAUUCAGCUGUAGGAACUCUUAUGUAAGCUGAUGAGACAGGCCAGUUAACUCUUUGCUUAUUCAAUCUCUUAAGUCUGCAUUGAGACAUUAGUAGGUUUAUGAUUUCAAAAUGGCCAAAGGAGAAAACUGAGUAAGACGUUUAAGUAUGAAAUUACUUGUUGUACACUAGAAGUGUCCUAUUCAUGCCUUUUGUGUCUUUUAUUGUUGUGAAAUUACAAUGCCAGCACAAACUGAACGUUUUAGAAUCUGCAUAUUUUUUGUUUUUUCUUAUUAAAAUGUAUCAAUUAGACUUUUCCCUAUCAAAUGAAAGUUGUGACUGUCUUUGGAUUUUGGCAUUGCAUCACCUAAGAGAUCCCUCAAGACAUUAGUCAAGUGUGAAUGGCAAUUCUACUUCCAAAUUUCUUUGCGAUAGCCUUUUGUACUGUACAUUAAAGUAUGGGGUCAGACAUUUUAA